GAAAGUGUUUUACUGGGUGAAUUCUUUGAGUUCAACUUCUCCAUAGACCGAAAUUCGUACAACAGGAUCUCCGCUUCCCCCUUUCCAUGUCGGAUCACGUUCCCGUAUUACCGCAGGACUCAGUUGAUGAAUGGGAAUCUCGUCAUCACCAAUGCUCUGAUCAUCGCCUUCCUGAUAUCCGACUACCCGCUCCUGCACCGGACAAUAUUAACCCACUUUCAGAAUCAAGAUCUCAGGAAACAGCUUUAACUCCAAAUUUAACACUUCAAGACCCCAGCUUAGAUCAGCGCCGUGUUUCGACAUCUUCGCCACUGCAUAAAUCAGAGCGUUCCCUCGUCUUUCAACACCACUCAUCAUCACCCACUUAUCCAGUUCUUCCUCCCCUUCAAAUGCCUCACCGCGUUGACUCGAUGCCAAUGCCGUCCUCUCAUCGUCGCGACUAUGAUUAUGACUAUGAUCAUUCAUACAGGAGGCCAUCUCCUCCACCAAUUGCAACUUUGUCACAUUCGCCUUCGUUAUCCGUUUCAUCAUUAGACCGUUCAUCCGUAUCUUCCCCGGCGCCACGGCGAUCACCCACUGAUCGUUCUGUUGAUUCACAUUCAACCUACUCUGAUGCCUAUUAUUCUCAAGAUCAGAUGGCUCGGCAGUCUAGACCCUACCCGCAUGACCCAGUCCGAGACUCGGGAAGGGUCUCCCACAGCUAUUCUUAUACUCCACGUCCUCAUCCUGAGCACAGAUACUCGCAUGACUCCCACCCAUACCAUGUGUCUUCUUCCUAUUCGAGCCCAGCAUUAGCACACAGUGCUGCGAGUAGUGGACGUGACAGUUCACAGCUGCCGUAUACACUUCCGGGUCAAAGUUACCAUGCAAUUGGGUAUACGGACGAUGCAGCUACGAAAUUAAGCGACCGUGUCCGUAGAAGGUGCUUCAAUUGCUGUACGACGGAUACGUCUACGUGGCGCCGUUCUAACUUGAAUCCUGGAAAAGUAUUGUGUAACAAGUGUGGGUUGUUCGAGCGUACUCAUGGUCGGUCAAGACCGGAUCAGUUUCCUCACCGCAGGGGCGCAUUAGCGACGACGGCAAUGCGGCCAAGGACUCCCCCACAAACCACGCAUCUACCACCAAUCUCCACUCACGUUCCCCCUUUGGCGCCUUACCAUUUUUCACACCCUUCCAUUGCCCCUCUUCAGUCUGUACCUGACUCAAGGAGAUCACAGCACCCGAACACGUUGCCGGAGAUCCAAUCUUGGAUAGAUGCACCAGCUGGACGGACGUCCUACUCCGCAGCGUCAGCAGACCGUGGACAUGAAAGUGGACGACAGAGGUCACCACCACGGUUGCACCACGUAGAUAUGCGUUCGUCAAGCGUUCAUGAAGCGGUUGCAUGAAGGGAGGAACGUUCUCCCGUAAUAGGCCGGAGCUCCGUGGAGGAAAACGAAUAACCUAAAAGUUGAUGCUUCUAUGCCUGCUUAUUCGCUACUCGACUAGUCCGAAUCAUUUCUUGGAUUAAUGGCUAGAACAUGCCAUCAGGUCACCGCAUUCGUCGUAAUUAUUAUUUGAGUUUGAGAUACCAUUCGCAGUAUUCGUAUUUGUUUUCGUAUAUAAAAUUGCAAAACGACUAGCUAGCUAUAGUACAUGUACGCCUACGAUUUUUUUGGUUGUAUUCUUAUAUGCAUACCCUUGGACGUGUACACAUGGGACCGUCGAUCUUGCGAUCAAUUUAUCAAAUAUUUGCUUCCGCACUAUCGAAUUUCCAUAUAUGGAAGAGUGGAACGCGAUCAGUUGAUCGCUUUGAUCGAUCAGUCUGACAAAGCCUGUCA